GGGAAAAAAACUAUUUCACGCGGAAAAUUCCAUGACUUCGAUAAAGGAAAGCCUUAACUGCUUUUAUGGGCCAUAAACUACAAGAAAGAAUGAAAACCCUGGCUACUACGGUUCAUCUCCCAAUGCCAUGGCCGAUACACCUCUCUCUCUCCCCCUCCCCCACUGUCCACUGCUUGGAUGAUUGACGGGACGGGAGGUUAGGAACCCCACGGUCGCCACAUGUGGCCGUCAGAAACACUGAUUUUAUCAAUUGACCAACUCUCUUAAUUUGUUUUAACCACUGGCUAAUGGCUGAUGACCUAUCGCGUCGACGGAAGUUAUAUAGAAGGAAAACAAGAGAUGCAAACUUUAAACGGCGAGUGUCAGACGAAUCCUCGUCAGACUCAGAACCAGGUACUGGUAGUUAUUUUGUUCAAGACGUUUUCGUUCUAGUUUUGGCAGAGUUCAUAAUCGUGUACUUUUGUUCUGAAGAUAUUUUGACACGGGCAAACUUAAAGAGGUCACGCUUAGAUGGCAGCAGUAGUUCCACAUCUGGGAAUCAGAAUCACUCUGAGGAUGGCACUUCAAAUUCUGAUGCUGAAGUGAGCGGCUCUGGAAAUUCUGAGGAUCUGAAUGCUCAAGGUAACUUGGCUGAAGACAGAGAUGGAGAUGAAGACGGGGAUGAAGCUAGGGAAGGAGGAGAUGGAGAGGAGUCCGAUGACAGUGGAGGUUUUGGUCACAAUGUUGAAGAAAUCCCAGCUGAAGGUGGAGAUGAUCGGCAGCCAGACAACAGUGAAGAGAUGAGUGAUGAAAACGCAGGGGAAGAGAAUGUGAAUGAUGAAGAUGAUAGUUCCGAGGCCAGUGGGCAUGUUGCUUCAGAGAGUGAAAGUGAUAGUGAAACAGAGCAUAGUGAUCAAUCUAAUCAUGAAGAGCCUAUCUCAGAUGAAGAGGAUUUUGAUAAUCGUGAUAACCAACCACUUUAUGAUGGUGCUCCAAUCACAAGACUACAGAGUGCAGUUGCAAUAUUGGCGUUUGCCUUAUCUUAUAAAUUGUCGGGUGCUUGCAUUAAUGAUUUACUUGGGCUUAUUGCUUUGCACUGUCUCCCAAACAACCUAUGCUUAAAAUCACUUUAUCUGUUUAGGAAGUUUUUUGACAUGUUAGGUAGAAAAGAUUCUGUGCGUCACUAUUUUUGUUCUGGGUGUGAAGUGCCUUUAGAGACUAAGACUAGUGUUUGUGGUAAUUGCGGUGGAAGAAGUGAAGUUUCAUUUUUUCUAGAAUUUCCUUUGGCCAUGCAGCUGCAAGGCAUGUUUAGGAGACCAGAGUUUUAUGAAUCUCUUCAAUUUAGGAACAACCGUAGGAAAAAAAAAUGAAAACAAUCUUGAGGACAUGUUCGAUGGAGA